AUAAGCGUACCUGCAGCAUCAGCAGCACAGUUACCUGCCGUUCUCUGGAUCUCAGUUUAGCCCGACCUAAAGAAUCUUCUGACACCCAUCAUGGCAUCCAGCAUCUCAGUGAGAAGCUACUCUGUGAACCGACAGCCCUCCUUUUCCACUCGCUCCCUGAUGGACACCAACCGAAGCCGCUCGCGCGCCUCUGUGUCCUUCGCCGCUGCCAGCCCGCUGAGCCGUUCAGCCUCCAUUGGGCAGGAUCUCAACGGCCCAAUCAGCCUCCAGCUUAAUGGACUGCAUGGCAACAGCACCAAUGAAAAGGAGGCCAUGCAGAGUCUGAAUAGCCGUUUGGCCAACUACCUGGAUAAGGUGCGCUCACUGGAGCGCUCCAAUGCUGACCUGGAGGCGAAAAUUAAGCAGCUGAUGAUCGAGCGCAUUCCCAAAGGCCACGAUCUGGACUCCAUGAUGGCCCAAGCCCACGCUGUGGAGCAGGAGGUGAGGAAGAGGACCUUGGAAAAUGCUCGUCUCAUGCUGGAGAUCGAUAAUGCUAAAUUGGCUGCUGAUGACUUCAGAAUCAAGUGGGAGACAGAAAUGGUGAUGUGUCAGUCAGUGGAGCGAGACUGCAUUGCCCUCAAAAAGGCCAAGACUGACCACGAACAGAUCAUCGCCUCUCUGAGGGGAGACUUGGACAGCCUCAAAGAGGAGCUUUAUUUCCUCAAGAAAAACCACGAGGAGGAACUUGAGCAGAUGAGGUCUCGCAUCGCCAGGGAUGAAGUGAAUGUGGAGGUGGACUCAGCCACUGGGCCAGAACUGGGCACGGUUCUUUCAGAGCUGCGCUCCCAGUAUGAAGGGAUUGUCCGGAAGAACAAGGAGCAGGCCGAGCAGUGGUACCGCAAGAAGCUUGAGACAGUGCAGAAUGAGGUAAAGGAGAGCAAUGAAGCUCUGAGAGGAGCUCAGGGAGAGCUGACCGAGAGGCAGCGCUUCCUGCAGACCCUGGAAGUGGAGCUGGACAGCCUGCACAAACAGAUAGCAGCUCUGGAAGGAAACCUGGCCGAGACGGGCCAGAAAUAUUCCGGUGAAAUGGAGCGCCUGCAGGUCACGCUGAGCCAGCUGGAGGAUGACCUCUCCCAGCUCAGGCUGGACAUGCAGCGCACCAAGACCGACUAUGAACAACUUCUCCGCAUCAAGCAGAACCUGGAAAUGGAGAUCGCUACUUACAGGCGCCUGCUGGAGGGAGAAGAAGCAGCCAAAGAAAUUCCUCCUCCACCAAAAAAAGAACCUGACGUCCGCACCAGGAAGAUUGUGAAAGUGGUGACUCAAACUAUGGUGAACGGCAAAGUGGUGGAUGAGUCCAGUGAGGUGGAGCAAAUUGAAGAGUCAAAGAAAUAGAAGUGGAGACUCCGAUCGAAGCUGAAAAAAGAUGUCUUUUUAUGAAACAAUAAAAGGAAAUGUAUUUUAGGAAGUAUAACGGAAAAAAAUAUAUUUACAGAAUGGAGCAUUAGCCGUCCAUUCUACUGGAAACUAUUAUUCAAUUGGGUCACUUAAUGUGCUAUAAGUUGCUGUGGAUUAUAAGAUGUAGACACAAAAAAAUAACAUAUAAGUCACAGUUUUAGGAAAAAUGUAUUUAACUAAAAAUGGAAACAGUUGAAUUCUUCGUCUGAACAGCUCAACUGAGGCUGGCGCUUCUUCCUCUGUGUUUAUAAAACAGAUACACACCUGCAGUGCCCUCUAGAGGUUGUUAGUAGGAUAACAACGAAUGCAUGAGCCUUUGAAAAAAAAU